AUGGGUGCAUUCCGAGGGUUCAUCUAUGGGUUAACCGCCAGUGCGCGGCAAUUAAUGGUCGACUAUGUAUUGAUGUGCCGACCCGACCAGAUUCCCGUGAUCCCAUGGGACCGCAUGGCGGACGAUUUCAACCAGCCCAAGGCGGGGUGGAGUUUUUUGCAAGAUCCACGCACGUCGUGGCCGGUCAAUGGGGCCCAGUGGAUGUCCGAUCGAGUGCGUACGGAGCGUCCAUUGCAGCAGUUAUUCAUCCACGCGGAUGAAGGGCGGUGCAGUAUCGAUGGCAUCAAACGGUUUUUUGGGUUCGUCAACGAUUUCAAGGAGAAGUUAGCCGUAUUAGUCCAUAUCACCAGCGGACAGCCGGCGCGAGGGCCCGAGUUGUUGAGUAUUCGUUAUCGUAACACGGCCGCCGGGGGACAGCGAAACGUGUUCAUCGAAGAUGGAUUAGUGGCAUUAGUCACGCGGUACCACAAAGGGUUUUACGCCAGCGGGGACGCCAAGGUGAUCCAUCGGUAUGUGCCCCGCGAAGUGGGCGAGUUGAUCGUGUGGUAUUUAUGGUUGGUAUUGCUAUUUGUCGAGCAAUUACAGGCGUAUUAUCAGCAGAAAUGCCAGUCACCCGCCAUUCCCGACACCCAGGCUAGUAAGUUAUGGGGAAUCGAUACCGGGACCGAACGAGAGUGGACGUCGGUGCGUUUGAAAGAGGCAUUAGUUCGGGAAAGUAAGAUGCGAUUACACCAUGGAUUAACGUUAGCCGCAUACCGAGAUAUUGCUAUUGCUAUUAGCCGACGGUAUUUUAGCAAUACCAAACCGUUUCCGUAUAACGUCCGCGAGGAUGGGACCGAGGUUAUGGCCGACGACGAGGAGAACGAGGAUGCCAUGGACGAUGAGCAAUGGAUUCGCUAUGUCGCCGAUUUGCAAGCCGCGCACACCACGCACGUGGCCGAGAUGGUAUACGGACGGAUGAUGAGCCAGCAGCAGGGAACCACGGCAGGCCGAUAG